AUGCACCUGUACAUUCACGUGCUCAUCCUAGGGGCCUCUGUGGCUUUUGGGCUGGAUGAUGAUAAGAUCGUGGGAGGGUACGAGUGCAAGCCUCACACCAGGCCUUGGCAGGUGUCUCUCAAGAACAGCUGGCAUUUCUGCGGAGGCACGCUGAUCUCUGAUCGUUGGGUGGUCUCCGCGGCCCACUGCUACAAAGAUGCUAGUGAGAUCAUUCUGGUGCUGGGUGACCAUGAGAUCCGCUACAACGAGGGGUCUGAGCAGGAAAUCUCCGCCGAGCUGGUCAUCAGGCAUCCUGACUAUGACCGCUACAACAUCAACAACGACAUCAUGCUGGUCAAGCUAAAGGAGCCUGCCGUUCUGAACGAGUUUGUGCAGACCAUGGCACUUCCCACAUCCUGUGCUCCCGCUGGCACUCAGUGCCAUGUCUCUGGCUGGGGGUCUACCAAUAGCCCCUUUGGCUGCAGGUGGUGUCUGAACUGCCUGGAUUUGCCCAUUCUGUCCCUGAAGGACUGUGAGAGGUCGUACCCCGACAGGAUCACCUCGUCCAUGUUCUGCGCUGGUUUUCUGGAGGGAGGGAAGGACUCCUGCCAGGGUGACUCUGGUGGUCCCUUGAUCUGCAACAAUGAGCUUCAAGGAGUAGUGUCCUGGGGUUGGGGCUGUGCUGAAGCAGAUCGUCCUGGAGUCUAUGCUAAGGUCUGCCAAUUCACAGACUGGAUUAAAUCUACUAUGGCCUCCCAUUAA